UUUGAGUAAAUGAAAAUAAAAUCAAGGGAUAUAGUAAUACAAGCAAUCAAAUUAAGUUUUAAUGAAACCGUUCUCUAUUAAAAUUCGUUUACCCCCCUCGUCUUAAAAUGGCAGGCAAUUUUUGGCAAAGUUCGCACCAUCAACAGUGGAUACUUGAUAAACAAGAUUUGAUAAGAGAUCGGCAACAUGAUCUUGCUAUAUUGACAGAAGAAGAGUAUCAAAAGAUAUUUAAUUUCUUCGCUAGCAUAAUACAAAUCCUCGGAGAGCAAUUGAAGCUUCGUCAACAGGUGAUCGCCACGGCGACAGUGUAUUUCAAGAGGUUUUACGCCAAGAAUUCUCUUAAAUGUAUUGAUCCUUUGCUAUUAGCCCCAACAUGUGUAUUCUUAGCGUCAAAAGUAGAAGAGUUUGGCGUUAUAUCGAACUCUCGUCUUAUCACCACUUGCCAAACUGUAAUUAAAAACAAGUUCAACUAUGCAUACGGCCAGCAGGAAUUUCCGUACAGGACAAAUCAUAUUUUGGAAUGUGAAUUCUAUUUAUUGGAGAACCUGGAUUGCUGCCUUAUAGUCUAUCAACCAUACAGACCAUUGCUGCUUUUUGUCCAAGAUAUAGGACAAGAUGAUCAACUGCUUACUUAUGCCUGGCGCGUAGUUAACGACUCGCUCAGAACCGACGUGAGCUUGCUUUACCCACCAUACCAGAUUGCAAUUGCAGCUCUUCAUAUUGCCUGUGUAAUGUUGGGAAAAGAGAAUCUCAAACCUUGGUUUGCAGAGUUGAAUGUUGACUUGGAUAAGAUUCAGGAAAUCGUUAGGUCCAUUAUCAAUUUGUAUGAAAUGUGGAAAAGCUAUGAUGAAAAAAAGGAGAUCCAGAGUUUACUUGGAAAGAUGCCUAAACCAAAGCCAGCUCCGCAGAGAUAAUAUCUACAAUAGAUACAAUCAUAUUUCAUCAUAUGACUUCAGGUCCACUGAUGAAAAAAACAGUUAAUUAGUGUAAAGGUACUUUCAGUGGAAUGAAAUGAACACUUUAGUGAUGCACAGUAUUUGAUCAGUGAUGGCAUAGUUAUUUGGUUUGUGGGAAAAUGUUGUGUUACACCCAGCUGUUACCAUUGGAUUUUAUUCCCAAUUGAUCU